UCCGGCUGUCUGUCAAAGUAGCUGUCAAACGGAGCCGGAGAGAGGGGCCGUGCUCCCGCUGCUCCGUCAUUCAGGAAGUCUACACCAACUGACAGCACUUCGACAAGUCGCGGCGACAGCUCCGGAGCCGGACUAAAUACUCCCGAAGUUAGACAACACAAGAAAAAGGAGGAACUCGGAGAAAACCCACGCAUGCAUGGGGAGAACAUGCAAACUCCAUGCGAACCGGGGAUCUUCUAACAGCAAGUACAGUCUUAUUCCAGUCAUGAAGAAAGCUGCAAAAAGGCAACCCUGGACUUAAACUGAGAAGUUCGAAGGAAGAGAGAGAGGAAGACAGAGGAUAGUCCAACAUCCCCUUUACACAUUUCCUACAGGUUCUAGCUGGCCAAUGCCGGGCCCGUCGUGGACAUCUGGUGGCGGUAGUAGCAGUAGUGUGUAUGUGAGUGUGGCCCCAUGUCCCAUGUCCAACCUAUAAUGCCGUCGUCCACACGGAAAGGAGUGCCGAAGGACCCCGAGCUGGCCGACCUGUUCUUCAAAGAUGACCCAGAGGACGUCUUCUGUGACCUGCACGAGAUCGGACAUGGCAGCUUUGGGGCCGUCUACUUUGCACGUAACUCCUACUCCAACGAGGUGGUGGCCAUCAAAAAGAUGUCCUAUAAUGGCAAGCAGACUACCGAAAAGUGGCAGGACAUCAUUAAGGAAGUCAAGUUUUUGGGACAGCUGCGGCACCCAAACACGAUUGAGUACAAAGGCUGCUACUUGAAAGACAACACUGCCUGGCUGGUGAUGGAGUACUGCCUGGGCUCCGCGUCAGAUUUACUAGAGGUUCAUAAGAAACCACUCCAAGAGGUGGAAAUUGCUGCCAUUACCCACGGUGCCUUGCUAGGACUGGCUUACCUACAUUCCCAUAAUAUGAUUCACAGAGAUGUGAAAGCUGGUAACAUCCUGCUGACUGAGCUGGGUCAAGUCAAACUGGCCGACUUUGGCUCCGCCUCCAUUGCCUCACCUGCCAACUCCUUUGUGGGAACACCUUACUGGAUGGCCCCAGAAGUGAUCCUAGCCAUGGACGAGGGUCAGUACGAGGGAAAAGUGGACAUCUGGUCCCUGGGGAUCACCUGUAUUGAACUGGCGGAGCGUAAACCACCCUUGUUCAACAUGAAUGCCAUGAGUGCCUUAUAUCACAUCGCCCAGAACGACUCUCCCACACUGCAGUCAAAUGAGUGGUCCGACCCCUUCCGGAGCUUUGUUGACUACUGCCUACUGAAAAUUCCUCAGGACAGACCCUCGUCAGGGGAGCUGCUACGACAUGAUUUUGUGCGACGAGAACGCUCACCGCGCAUUCUCAUCGACCUCAUCCAGAGGACCAAGGAUGCAGUGCGAGAGCUGGACAACCUGCAGUAUCGCAAGAUGAAGAAGAUCCUCUACCAGGAGAAACACAACGGGCCCAUGGGGGAGAGCCAGGAGGAGGAAGAGGACAGCGAGGCGGCCAGCUGCAAGAUGAACAGCCUGGGCAGCAACCACUCCAUCCCCAGCACCUCGGUCAGCACGGGUAGCCAGAGCAGCAGCGUGAACAGCAUGCAGGAGGUGCUGGAUGACAGCUGCUCCGACAUGACCAUGAUGCACCCCCAGGACUACAGCAGCACCCUGGACUCCUCCCCACACACCAAGAAGGACCAUCAGUACAACUGGGAUGAUGGGAUCCACAGAGACCAUCGACCAGAGCUGAGGCCAGUCUCUUUGGACAAGAGCAGCCAUGCCCAGAACUACAAAAACCAGGGCCGCUUUGCCACCAUAAAGUCAGCCUCACUGGUGACCAAACAGAUCCACGAACAUGAGCAGGAAAGCGAGCUGCGGGAACAGAUGUCGGGCUACAAGCGCAUGCGGCGGCAGCACCAGAAGCAGCUGAUCGCCCUGGAGAACAAGCUAAAGGCCGAGAUGGACGAGCACCGGCUCAAGCUGCAGAAGGAGGUGGAGACGCAGGCCAACAACGCCUACAUCGAGCUGGAGAAGCUGGCAAAGCGCCACGCCGUGCAAAGCGAGAAAGAGAUGAAGACGGCUUUGACAGACGAGAAGAAGUUCCAGCAGCAGAUCAUGGCCCAGCAGAAGAAGGAGCUCACCACUUUUCUGGAUAAUCAAAAAAAGCAGUACAAACUCUGCAAGGAGAAGAUUAAGGAGGAGAUGAAUGAGGACCACAGCACACCCAAGAAGGAGAAGCAGGAGCGACUGUCAAAGCACAAGGAGAACAUGCAGCAUUCCCAGGCCGAAGAGGAGGCUCAUCUCCUGGCCCAGCAGAGGGUUUUCUACGAUCGAAACUGCCGCGCCUUCAAGCGUAAAGUCAUGAUAAAGAGGCACGACUUGGAGCAGGAGCAGAUCCGAGAGGAGCUGAACAAGAAGAAGACCCAGAAAGAGAUGGAGCACGCCAUGCUGAUCCGCCAUGACGAGUCCACGCAGGAGCUGGAGCAGAGGCAGCUGAAGACCCUGCAGAAGCUCCGGAUGGACCUGAUCCGCCUGCAGCACCAGACAGAGCUGGAGAACCAGAUCGAGUACAACAACAGACGUGAGCGCGAGCUCCACCGCAAGCACGUUCUGGAGCUCCGGCAGCAGCCCAAGAACCUCAAAGCGUUGGAGCUGCAGAUCAAGAAGCAGUUCCAGGACACAUGUAAGGUGCAGACCAAACAGUACAAGGCCCUGCGCCACCACCAGAUGGAAGUUACGCCCAAGGCCGAGCACAAGACGGUGCUCAAGGCCCUGAAGGACGAGCAGACACGCAAGCUGGCCAUCCUGGCUGAGCAAUACGAGCAGAGCAUCAACGAGAUGAUGGCCUCGCAGGCGCUGCGUCUGGACGAGGCCCAGGAAGCCGAGUGCCAGGCCCUGAGGCAGCAGCUGCAGCAGGAGAUGGAGCUGCUCAAUGCCUACCAGAGCAAGAUCAAGAUGCAGACCGAGGCGCAGCACGAGCGCGAGCAGCAGAAGCUGGAGCAGAAGGUGUCGCUGCGCCGGGCUCACCUGGAACAAAAGAUUGAAGAGGAGCUGGUUUCCCUUCAGAAGGAGCGAACCGACCGGAUCAAACACCUGCUGGAGCGCCAGGAGCGGGAGACCGACAGCUUCGACAUGGAGAGUUUGCGUCUGGGCUUCGGCAACCUGGGAACCCUGGACUUUCCCAAGGACGACUACAGAUGAGGGGAGGACCGCCGCCGUCUACCCCCGCCGUCUCUCGUAGUCCCCCCCCCCGGGCGUCCGUCUGCCUCAGAUCAACCCUCCUCUCCUCCGACCUGCCCCGACCCGACGGUGCAGGUGUUCACAGCUGCUCAAACACACAUGGAACACAACAACACAACCAGCUCCAGUGUGCUCUCUGGGCCGCUCAGACAGGCUCCACAGCAGGUUUUAAUAAAUACAAACCCCACGUAAACUUCCUCCCCCUCCUUUGCCUCUCGUGGUGUCACAAGAUGACAAAAAAAUGAUGCUGGAUAACUUCCUGUAGUUGUCAUGUUUUUGUAAUGAUACCAUAGUCACCGUGUUUCUCGUUUCUUGUGCAAUGAUGACACUUUUGGUGUGACUAAAAGUGGAAGCCGAGAGAAGGAGGGAGAGAAAAAUGAGGGCAGUUCAGUGAGCAAAGAUUGCUCCACAACCAUGCAUUUCCAGAGGCGAUUACUCCUUUUAUUAGUUUUUUUUUCUUUUAAUCUCAACCACUGCAAAAAAAUAAAUCUCUCGGAGCGAUAAAUCAAACUGCCGAUCCUUCCGCAGCUCUGUGCUGCUUUUUCAACACCUUUUUUGGUAUUUAUUCAUCAGGACAUUUUUAGGACAAAUUUGAAAUAAUUUGAUACUUUGAGAGCAAAAAACAUCACAAUGUACAUAAAACAGAUACGCUUCUAAUAAAUGUGAUUCCUCCGGGUGUGUUUGAUUACUGAAGGGUGGGCGGAUCAUGGUACUCGACGUGUAUCGUACUGAUUUCUCUGCACUGGCAGUCAAUGUGAAAAAUAAUACAUGUGACAUGUGAACUCCCAGCUAGCACAAAGGGCUUCAUGGGGAGGGCAGGGGGACUUGUACUUUGUGUAUAGAAGGAUUUAUGGAGAGCUUUUACUUAUUUUCAUAUUGUAUUUUAACUGUCAACUCCAAUCAGAAAAGAAUUUUUAAAGGCGCUUUUUUUUCCUCCCCCCUCCUCAGAUUGUGUUUGAGGUCCAGUCAUCUAUCAAUGGGAUUCUCAUUUGAUUUCUUUUGUUUUCUUUCGCUUCACACAACUCUCUGUGAGCUGUGUAGUUUCUUAUCAACCAGACCAGUAUGAUGCUUUAUUAUUGCAUGCACUUUAAUUUUUUUUCCAGGUUAAAAGAAAGCAUGAAUCUGUCAGAGCUUUUAAUUAUAUUUGUAAAUAAAGUGCUCAUCACACAAAACAA